AUGGCGUCACGAUCAUACACCGCGUCAUCGAAGACUACCGACGGCAAGACUUCCAGAUCCACGGGCCGCAAAGCGCCUCAUUUCUCUUCAUCUCAAGAAUCUGAAGCCUUGCAUGUCUAUCCGAGCGGUUCUCAGUCUUCCAAGAAGCGUAAAGUGGUUGAUCUAACUUACGACGAUGAGGAAGACGAGGAAGCUGCUGCCCUUGCACAAGUUGCUCUUGCUGGCAUCGAUACAUCCAAGCCAAAGCGAGCUCGCAAGAAAAAGGGAGAAGAGUCAGAAGAAAAGCGGGUCAAGCGUUUCCGUCAAAAGCCACCUCAGACCUAUCUCGAGAGACUUGAACGCGUCAAAACCCAACGCAUGUUCUUGAUUGAACGCAACAGAACUACCAGCGAAGACGGCACCCACGAAGAAGAAGUCUUUGAUCUCGCCGGCAGCACUGGUAAUAUUUACCAAGUUACCGUCAGCAAAGUACCAAAAUGUACUUGCCCUGAUGCUGGAAAAGGAAAUCAGUGCAAGCACAUCAUCUACGCUCUCGUCAAUGUCCUAAAAGUCCGUGAAGAUUUAGCAUACCAGCUCGCGUUCCUCAGCACUGAGCUCGCUGAGAUCUUUGCAAAUGCACCAGUCACCACGCUCUCCUCAGAUGAAGUAAAAGCUCAAGUCACUGACACGGGCGGCUCCCGCAAGCCAAUUGAAGGUGAUUGCCCCGUAUGUGUCAUGGAGUUUGUCGAAUCUGACAAGCUGGACGAUAUUCUCUGGUGCAAAGGAGCGUGCGGUCAAAACAUUCAUCGCGCUUGCUUCGAACAAUGGGCUCGAAGCAAGCCGGGACAGGUGAAGUGUGUCUACUGCCGUACUCCUUGGAAGGGCGAUGAAGAGACGAUCAAGAAGAUCAACAAAUCUGGGACCGUUAAUCACGAGGGUUAUGUCAACGUUGCUGAUGAACUUGGUAUCAGUGGCCACAGAGACAUGAGUUCAUACCAUCAGUAUUGGGUUCGACGAGAGUUUGGUGGAGGGUAUGGCCGGUAUAAUGAUUAUGAUGGUUAUUGA